CUUGUUUAUUCACCAACAACUUCAGUUACAUAUUGUAUUUUGCAUUCGCAUUGUUUCCAAUUUCGUAUAUGAUGGGCGAGUAUAUUAAACUCAACGCAAUUUCGUUUGGUUUUCCCGAUAUCGGGUGGUAUCAGCUUAGUUAGCAAUAUAUAUAUCUCUAGGUAAUAAACACAUGUGUGUGGGUUAAUCAUACUUUGAGAAUAUUUAGUAUAUCUUUCUAUUUGGUCACCAUUAGUCGUCUUUAUAAAUAGUAUAUAUAAUAUGCAUGUUUUAUGUUUGUUUUGUGUUCUUUUCCUCCUGGUUUCUCCUGGUUUCUCCCGGUUCUCACCCUAUAAACAUGGCAUGGCAUGACAUGAGUACACAUAUGUAUGUAUGUAGUUUCAAGGUCUGAGUAGAAAUGUGAUAAUCGUUUUAAGACUAUAAUACAUUUAGUUACUUUUUCGAGUAUUAUGCUAAUAUAUAGUAAUGCCCUGCUUUUCAUAUUUAAUACUGUGUGACUAUAUGCUCGCGCUAAACUACAUAUAUAGGUUUUUCUUUCUUUGCGGUCAUUCGAAUACGAACUUUUUGAGAGAGAUAGUAUGUGUGUGCGGUUAUCUUAGUUGUCUUAGCUAGCAAAUACAUACAGUAAAAGGUAAUAUUAAACAUUUAAGGUUAGUACUUUCAAUAUAUUUGUGAAUACUGUGCACAAAACGCUUUGGUUAGCUGCUUUAGUAGCAUUGUUUGUUGUUUGUUUGACCCCAUACCAGCUUUUUUUUUAGUAGUUAACACUUAUGCAACAUUUGAACAUAGUUAGGCAACAAUAUAACGAUUUGGUUACGAAGAAAUAUCUGUAGGAUAUAGUAUAAGUAUCGAGUAUGCUGCACUAUUAUUCAGUUAGAAGCUAUAUUGUCUAAUUCACACGUUUAUAUUGGAUGCUGAGCCCCCAGAAGGGGGGCCGAAGCAUAAACUUACACAACGACUUGAUUGAAAACCGAACAAAACCCUUUUCCUUUGCUAAAUACCUUGAGUUGCAUACCCUGUACAACGUCUUCGAACUAUAUGGGAUAAGAUAUACGAAGAGUCCUCUAGUUAUAUGUUAGUAAAACGCGUGUGGCAUGAUUGAAUUCGGCAAUUCUUCAAAGCGUGGAAAGUCAUAACACAAACACAACGUAGAAUCUCUUGUGUGCUUUAAAUGGAUCUAAGAUAUAGCUAUAUAUGUAUAUUAUUUUCUCUAUAUAAGUAGUUUCAAGUUUCACAACAAUGGAACAACGAUGAUAAUCAGCAAGUACUUCAGCUAUGCGUAUGUACAGUUUGUCAAUAUAACCUCAUUGUAUACCUGCGAUUAACUACAUUUUGUUGGCCUUUUUGUCUUUGGUUGCUGUGCCCAGUUUCGGCCAUUACAGAGUUAUUUUCCUUUACAAUAGGUAUAUAAAACUUUAGAUUUACGCAUGCAAAGUUUCAAUACUAUAUGCCCAUAAAGAGGCUUACUUUUGCUUUGAAUGUAUGGGAUUUUACAGGAUCCGGAGAGGAUCCCAACACUUUUGAACCCUUGCAGCCAUUCAAGGGCCUAGCGGCAGUAUCCCUCAGCGAUCCAAGAUGAUCUCGAGAAGUUGAGGAACGAAAUCGGUAGUACUUAUGAGGGAAGUUGCUAAACCUUGGGUGGGAAGUGCGGAAGUUGUACAUUUCUUCAUAGAAUUAUUUAAAAAUUAGUGAAGCCUUCACCUUAGCGAUUUCAUUCUCCACUUUAUAAAUUUUAAAAGAAUAAAAGCAAAUGAUAAAUCUCUCCGAAAACUGUGCACGCGUAAAUAUAUUUCUUUCUAGUUCUAUGGAAAGGUAUUCCUGUUCCGAGUACACUCUGGGUACCAUCAAAAUCUUAUCAUUAAUUCCCUUAAUUUGUCAGAUAACUUGUGUGUGCUACAAGGUUACAUAUGUCUAUAUAUAUAUUAGUUAAUCCUUGGUAACUUUAACUUUAACAACUUGAAAUAUGAAAUUGAGUUAAUUAAGGAAGGUUGGACUCGAAGUUGGGCCCUUAUAAUCCUGACCAAUUGCUGCGCCGUAUUGCCGGAAGGCUUUAAUGGGUGUCAGUCAGGAGCGGAUACUGAACCGAGAACCAACAAAGUCGCCUGGGUUUUCGGUUCCAGAUUUCUGUAUAAAUUCCCCUUUGUAAUUUUUGAAUUUUUUUUUCGAAGAAAACUAAAAAAACAAAAAAAGUUGACUGCAAUUGGCCAUCGUUGGAAAUAGAAAAAUUCUCCGCUCUAAAUGAAUCGUUUAAGGUAUCCCUCGCGCCGAGUUGCGUACGAUGUCUUCCAUGGAGAUCCCUUCAAAAUUAACUCGUACAGCUUCCGAUACGCCGACAAGCCAAGCUUUACGCCGCAGCACUACCAAAGGCCUGCCCCGACGCCGCCGUCGCCACCGGCACCCAACAGGACGUCCUCCUUCCAGACCUUCUUUGUCAAUCCCAACUUCAAUCGGAGUUCUGAGCUCCCACCUUCAAAUAGAGGUGUUUCCAGACCUCACUUCUUGCGGGAGUUCCAGUCGGGUUUCACGCCGCCUCUGAGGACGAUGGCCAGGCAGCCCAGUGUACCCGUUUCCCCGCAAUUGAGAUGCCCGCCUGGGGUCACAGAUAGUCCGCUUCUAAGGACCUGCUGCCAAAUGGGCGAGUAUCAGAGCCUGAGGGGCGGCCAGAGCAGCGCCACCUUGGGCAGUGCCAGCAGCUGUUCCAUGAGAGCCACUGGUGGUGGUGGCGCCCCUUGUAUAUCCAACACCACCUUCUCGCGCAGCUCCAACGCCCAGCUGCACUCCAAUAGGGACAGAGAAGCCAGCAGUGGUUGUGAAAUCAACAUUAACAUUUGCAGCCGGGACUUGGUCUCGGAGGCGGACAACAAUGUGAACAUCCGGAUCGAGGCGGAUUCCUGUCUGCUGAACAACACGGAUACGGUUAGGCCGGAGCUGGAGCGGAAUCCCCAGAGAUCGGAUGACAGUUUAACAGCGUCCUUUGGCAUAGACAAGCGUCUGUCCAAAUUUAAUGUGACCGAGACGAAGCCGCGGACCAGUCCGGAAUGGGAGCGCCAGCAAAGGGAGCUCCAGCAGAGGGUGCAGGCCAGAGAGCGAGACCGUCAGUUCCGAGAAGAGUUAGAGCUCGAGCGGGAGAGAGAGCUCCAGAAAGAGCGGGAUCUGGCCCGUCAGCGGAACAGGGAGCGUGAGCAGCUGCGACAACAAGAGCGCCAGAGGGAUCUAGAGCAUCUCCGGCAACUGGAGGCGGUGCGAGAGAGGCAGCGACUGGAGGAACUGAAGCGUGAGAGCCACUGGCACAGGGAGUACCAACGAAUGUGCAUCUUUCAGGAUCAGUUGUAUCGGCAGCGAAUGCAGUCUAUGCCGGUAGUGCCGCCCGUAACCAUGACCUCUCACCUGUAUACUGUCACCUCCGAUGACCGCCUGCCUGGAAUGGCUUUCUGUGGUUUCUCUUCCAGGAGGCCGACGACCACAAGGAGAAGUGUAACAGUAAAAAAGGCUGAUCCAGUUGUCCAGGAAAUACCAACGGCUAGUGCCCCCUCCAGUGCUCUUGUGGAGACGUCCGUUUCCCGGAAUCCUUCCCCGGGCUCUCCUACACCCUCCUGUAGUACCAUACCGCCUUCAUCUUCUCCCGACCAAAAUGGCAAUCCUACUCUCGCCUUAGAUGAACCAACGGGCUCUAGAAUUGAGAGAGCCCCUGCAAUCCCUGAAAAUCUAAAGUGCAGCAGCUCCUUUUCUUCGAAUGACAAUGUUCAUGUCAUUGAGAAAUCCAGUGGAUCCCUGGCAAAAGGAUCCCCCGCCCAGCCUCAGACAGAAGCCAAGCAGCUGAAUGGCAGGCCGCCCAUCGUAACACGUCUGAAUAACAUUCCCAUAAGGAUAACUACCUCUCGAAAUGUGGACACGAAUUUGGAUUUAAGUAUGAGUCGCGUCAGGGUAAGGGGAUCCUCGCCAGUGACUAGGGGAGCGGGAUCAAGUCGUCGUGAUUGUCAUGUCAAUAUCAACUUGUUUCCAGAAAAACUGCGAAUGUCACGGAUUUAAGCAGUGGAAAUCAGAGGGAUUGCAUGGUUGGACUCGGGGGCAGAUCAGCUCUUAAGCAAAGAGCUGGUCUGUCACCGAAGUCAUCCAUGCACUUCCUCCAUGACCCACCAAACGGGAAAGGUAUGCGAAAUCUUUGUUUCUUAAUAGCCAAAGUUUUGUAAAGAGUAAAGUCUAGAGUCCGCUCCUUGAAAA